AUGCCUAGGGGCAACAAGAGCAAGGGUCGCUCCCGGGCCAAAAGGCAGCAGACUCGGAGAGAGAGCCAGAAUCUCCAGGGUGCUCAGCCCGCUGCAGAGGAGGAAGCAACAUCGCCCCCUCUUGGCCAGGGGGAUGCCCCCAGCUCCCCUGAAGGCUGCACUCCUCAGGGGUCUCAGGAGGCCAUGCCCCAUGGCUCUCCUGAGUUAGAUGUGCCCCGCUCAAUCUAUGAUAUUGGUGCUGAUGGUUCGGAUGCUGGUGCUGAGGUUUCUGUUGCAGAUGAUGAAAGAAGUGCUCGUGCCUCCAAGAUAGCAGCUGCCAUUCAGUCUGCGCGCAGAGAUCCUCUGACCAGGAAGGCCAAUGUAUUGAUAGAGUUCAUGCUGGAGAAAUUUAAGGUGAAAAAGCCCUUCACACAGGCAGAUAUGCUUAGGAUGAUCAGCAGGAAGUACAAGGUGCACUUCACUGAGAUCCUCAGGAGAAUCUCUGUGCGCCUGGAGUUGGUCUUUGGCCUUGAGUUAAAAGAAGUAGAUCCCAGUUCUCAGUCAUAUAUGCUUGUGGGCAAGCUGGGUCUCUCCACCGAGGGAAGUCUGAGUAGCAGUUCUGGGUUGCCCAAGACGGGGCUCCUGAUGACCCUCCUGGGUGUGAUCUUCAUGAAGGGGAACCGUGCCACUGAGGAAGAUGUUUGGGAAUUCCUGAAAGUAGUGGGGAUUUAUCCUGGGAAGAGUCAUGUAAUUUUUGGGGAGCCCCGGGAGUUCAUCACCAAAGAUUUGGUGGAGGAAAAUUAUGUGAUAUACCGCCAAGUUCUUGGCAGUGACCCCCCACGCUAUGAGUUCAGGUGGGGUCCUAGAGCCUAUGCUGAAACUACCAAGAUGAAAGUCCUGGAAGUUGUAGCUAAGAUCAAUAAUACUUGCCCCAGUUUCUUCCCUACUAUGUAUGAAGAGGCUAUGCUUGAUGAGGCUAAUAGAGCAGCACGGAGAUUUACAGCUGUGCCUGGUAAUGCUGUUGAUAUCAGUGAUAUCAGGGAAGUUAGGGCUCAUCAUCGCAAGUGCAUGGCUCACAGCUCCUCCCACAUUUAG